UCUGCUGUAAGACAUUUCAGAGGAAUGCUAACAAUGAGGAUAACUUUUAAAGCUUGUGUGCUACUCAUCCAAACGCUCCAAUGUUUGGCCUCAGAUGAUUCACCAUUUCAACUAACUUCCAAGGCCACUGGUUUUUGUUUGGUUAAAACAAAUAACUACUGCAGUAGCAUACGCUGGACAACUGGUGACCGACUUCUGGUUAAACAGAGGAAUAAGUGCCUUGGAGUCCAGGGGAAAAGUGUGGGAAGUGAAAUAAGCCUCUACGAAUGUGACGAAAACAAUGAACUCCAAAAGUGGGAAUGCAAGAAUGAAACAGUGCUCGCUCUCAAAGGCCAGGAGCUUUACAUUGAGCUCAAUUCAGAUAGCGCAGCAGUUCUUUCCAAAACAAUCGGACCCAAUAACCACCUCACAAUUUCAGGGACUUCCAGCGGGGCUUGCACAAGAACAUACAGAGAACUUUAUGCCAUCGGUGGAAAUGCAGCUGGAAUGCUCUGCAUGUUUCCCUUUAUGUACAGCAACCAGUGGUACUCAGACUGCACUACGUUUCACUCCCCAGAAAGGCGUCCUUGGUGUGCAGUUGAAACAAAAUAUCAAAAUGAACGCUGGGGCUUCUGCCCAACUACUUCCAAAGAAACCUGGCAUAAACACCCAACAACAGGAGCAUAUUACCAGCUCAACACGCAGUCAGCUCUGACUUGGCCCCAGGCUGAAGUCAGCUGCAAACAGCAAGGCGCCUCACUGCUCAGUAUCACCGAUCCUCACGAGCAGGCUUAUGUCAUAGUACUACUAGGGGCAGGGGGCAAUAAAAUUUGGACUGGGCUGAUUCUGGAUCCAGAACAUGGCUGGAAAUGGCCCAAUGGGAGGCCUUAUCGUUAUAUGAAAUGGGACUCAGGACAUCCACUUCCUAAUCCAGGAUACAACUGUGCAAUUUUUGAUCCUGCUGUACAGUAUGCCUGGCAGAGUUCACCUUGCAGCAAGACACUGGGCUACAUCUGCUAUAGUAAAGGAGUUGAUGAAAAUCCUACACAAGCUCCCGAGACAGGGUUUUGUUCAAGCCCUUGGAUUCCCUACAAUGGCCACUGCUUCCACCUUAAUCGUACUCAGAAAACAUGGUCAGAUGCUCAGAGAGAGUGCCGUAGUGAAGGUGGGGACCUAGUCAGCAUCCGCAAUGUGGAGGACCAAAGCUUUGUCAUCUCUCAAAUUGGAUAUGCAUCCACUGAUGAGCUUUGGAUUGGACUAAAUGACAGGAAGACAGAGGGGCUGUUUGACUGGAGUGACCACUCUACUGUCAGCUUCACUAGCUGGGAGUUUGGGAAACCUGCUGUGUCCACUGAUAUAAAGGACUGUGUUCUCAUCAGAGGAGAGAAUGGGAACUGGGCUGACCAUGUAUGUGAGGAGAAACAUGGUUACAUUUGCAUGAAGAUGACUGCUUCAAAACCCACUGGCGAUGAAGUGGAGCAGGACGUAGGGUGCAAAACUGGGUGGAGGAGACAUGGCUCAUACUGCUACUUUAUAGGGACAGAGACCAAAACGUUUGAUGAAGCUAAAGAUGGCUGCAAAAGUUCAGAUUCUUAUUUAGCUGAUGUUUCAAAUGGAGUGGACAAUGCAUUCCUUGUCAGCUUGGUGGGGAUGAGGUCAGAAAAAUACUUCUGGCUAGGGCUCUCAAACCAGAAAAACAUUGAUGAAUUUGUGUGGACCAACACAGACUCAGUGAGGUUUACUCACUGGAACGCUGAAAUGCCAGGUCACCAACAGGGCUGUGUUGCCAUGAAAACUGGGAUUUUCGCUGGCCUCUGGGAUGUGUUGCCCUGUGCCAAUAAGGAGAAAUACAUUUGCAAGCACCUAGCAGAAGGGGCUGUUUUAACCCCUGCCCCACCCACUCAUAACUCUCUGACAUGUGCAGACGACUGGAGACAAGUGGAAUCAAGGAAAUACUGUGUAAAGUUGUUUUCAGAAUCAUCUCAUAACUUGAAGACCUGGUAUGAGGCCAGAGAUUACUGCAGGGCCAUUGGAGGAGAUCUGCUCAGCAUCCACAGCGCUGAAGAGCUAAUUAAUCUACCAGAUCGCUAUGAAACAGUCUGGAUUGGACUUAGUGCCCCUGACCCAGUCACCCAUUAUGUAUGGAGCGAUGGAUCCCCACUGCAUUUCCAACACUGGGAGGAGGAUGAACCAAACAAUAAAAAUAAUGUGGAAUCUUGUACUGAAUUCAAAUUGCAUAGGCGGGGCAGGAGUGGGUCUUGGAACGAUGUGCACUGUGAGACGUACCAUGGAUGGCUGUGCCAGAUCCGUGCAGGCGUGACUCCAAAGCCACCCCCAGACCCUGUCACUCCUGACUACAAUAAGACAUCAGAUGGAUGGCUAGAAUGGAAUGGAGAUCAGUAUUACUUUAACGGAAUGUCAAUGGCCAUGGAAGACGCUCGUCACUACUGCCAAAUGAGGCAUAGUGACUUGGUAACUAUCAACAGUGAAGCUGAAAGUGUCUUUUUAUGGAAACGGAUAUCCAGAAAUCAUGGGUCUUACUGGAUAGGCCUGAAUGUAGAUCUUGAUCGAACAUUCGGGUGGAUGGAUGGUUCUCCAGUGGUGUUUGAAAGGUGGGAUGAAAGUCAACCUAAUUUCCUGAACAAUGAUGAGAAUUGUGCUGUCAUGACCAACUCUAUGGGGUUCUGGCAUGAUUAUAAUUGUGGGUACGAGUUCCAGUCCAUUUGUAAACGCAGUAGCUCACCACCGGCCAAUGCCACUGUACCUACAACAGCUCCUCCAAGAGGUGGCUGUCCACAAAACUGGAAAAAAUUUAACUCAAAGUGUUACAACAUCAUUACUAACCAGAAUAAGACAUGGGAAGGAGCGAGGACACAUUGCCAAGAAAUGGGAGGAAAUCUAGCCUCAAUUCUUUACAGAAAUGCGCAAGUGUUUUUGUCAGCUGAAAUGGCCAUGGCACCUACUACAAACCUGUGGAUUGGUUUGCAUAAUCAAAAAGGUUAUCGGUUUCACUGGACAGAUGGGCGACCAAUGCGAUAUACCAACUGGGGGUCCAUGGGGAGGCAUUACUAUUCAUAUUCCCAUUAUGAGAUGAACUCAUAUUCUGACAUUUUUUAUGAGGAGAAAGAGUGUGCUGCGAUGAGUGCCGAUACUGGUAAUGGAAAAUGGUCAAAAAUGUCCUGCAAUGCCACCAAUGGAUAUGUCUGUCUUCGGAAUCUUGACCCAUCUCUCCCGGACUCCCCUGAACCAACAGUUACUACUCAAUAUGUCAAAAUCAUUAAUGACUCUAUCAAGGUUGUUACACAGCCAAUGAACUGGGAUGCAGCCCUGAAGCACUGUCAAAGUGAUGGUGCUAACCUGGCUAGCCUGAGAAAUGAGUGGUCACAGGUCUAUGUCGAACUAAUGGCUCUGAAUCUUAACGCUGGUCUGUGGAUUGGACUAAACAAAAAACAGACUAGAGGAUAUUUCAGAUAUGUUGAUGGCUGGCAUAUGACCAUAUCCAACUGGGAUAGAAGGGAACCAAGCAUGGAACGACAUUGUGUAUAUGUGAAUGUGGAUGGAAAAUGGAAGACCGCUGACUGCAAUCAAAACAAGUCCAGUAUUUGUAUGAAGUCGACAGAUGUACCACCAACAGAGUCAACUGCUUUCCCAGGAUUUUGCCCUGAUGACCCAGACACAAGCAGAUACACAAGCCAGGGUUACACCUGGCUACCAUUUAAGGGUCACUGUUACAUCUUUCUCACAGAUAGAUGUGAGUGGCCAGAUGCAUCUGCUAACUGUGUAAGACAUGGUGGAACUCUUGCCAGCAUUGAAGACCCCGAUGAGCAACAAUUUAUUCUAAACAAUGUGAAAAAAUACGCAGACAGCCACUCCUCUUUCUGGAUUGGCUUGUUUAAAACUCACAAAGGCUUAUGGCGGUGGUUGGAUAAAACAGUCAUGGACUACAGUAACUGGGAUAUGGAUCAACCUGAUGACAACAAUUAUGGAUCGUUUAGAGUGUCAGAUGGGAGAUGGAGGACAGGCAGCCGGUGGCAUGACAGAGGAUAUAUUUGCAAAACACCCAAAGUGUUACGAGAAGUGCUACAGGCAACUGUAAAACCUACGGUGGAUCCUCAAACCCGUGGCCACAUAAUUUUGGCAGUUGUGGUGGUCAUUACUGCAAUUGCCAUAGGGAUAGUCAUCGUCUUCUUUCUCUUCAAGCCUGGCCGUCGCCUACCUAUCCCUGAAAAGUUAACUACAUUUGACAACCCACUCUUCUUCAACAAUGAGCAGUCCCCACCUGAUCUGGUGGACACAAAUAAACUGGUAGCAAAUGCAGAGGAAGAAAACCCUGGUCCUGUUGUAACUGUGUAAUGUAAAUACCAGCAGAGCGUUCCUGGCAUUCUCAAUCGUAGGACAAAUAACUUUGUUUUCUGUUUUGAAAAGAAAGAAGUUUCAAUGCAGUUGCCAAUAAUAGGCCUUAAUGAACAAACAGUUUAAGCUGUAGGAUGUAUGAAAUCACAGAGAAAUGUCUAUUUGUGAUCAUCUGAAAUUAUGUUUAAUUGUAUAUUUUAUGGCUACUAAGAAUUUACUGAUGUACAUGAUAUUGAAUGUACAAUUAAGUACAUAAGUAUUUGCACAGUGACACAAUUUUUGUAAUUUCAAAUGCAAAUUUCAUUUCAAAUCCAUUGUGGUGUCAUACAGAGGCACAAUUAUGAAAAUUGUGUCACUGUCCAAAUACUUAUGGACCUAACUGUACAUGGCGUCAUUUCAAUCCAUACCUUAUUUUACUGUACCUUAUCUGCUCGGAAUGUGAGGUGGAGUUUUGCAUCUACUACAUAUUGCUCACUGUGUUGUAGAUGUUGUAAACAACAAACCAUGGACAUCAUUAAAUCUUUUAUUCAACUUUUCCUUAAACUUUUAAAAAGAAAAGCUCAGUGGGUUUAUUGCUUUACUGGGGUGCAUAGCUUUGCUUAAAACAAUCAAUGUUUUUUAUUAGCAUUUUCUGUAUUUCUGCAUUUUGUGUCCACCACUUAUAAGAAAAAAAAUAUUGUACUUUUAUAUCCUUUACAUUUAUGUGAUGGUUGUGGUUACUGCUAUUCGUCAAGGUUUUUCAACCGAAAUAAGCAGUGAAUGGUGAUUUGAACAAUUUAAUUCAGUGGUUUAAUUCAAAUCAGAUUUUAAAAAUGACAAGCAAUGUUUACUUAGAACAAAAAAAAACAAAAAAAAAAAACCUGUAAAGACAGGAUGAGGACACACAUUGUUAGAGGGAGACAUCUAAAUCGACCUAGAGGCUGCUAUAAAGUGAACUGUUUAUGUGAGGUCAAGAUUAGAAAAUGUAUUCAGUUUACCUCUUGAUGAAAGCUUGUGUUAGAGAGAUGUGGCUAUGAAUUCAAAACUAACAACUGAUCUUUUGUGCACUUGGGGGAAGCAGAACAAGCUGGGGAAAAAAAACACUGACAGUAUUAUCACCAUCUAAAAUUGUUAUUGAGCAUGUUUUUUAGUAUUUGUUUGGCGUUAUGUUUCUGGCUAAUUUUCACUCCUCUUUUAGCUCUGUUUAGAAAAACAAAAGUAUCUAACUUUUUAUCAUGCUAAAUACACUUCACCAGUUUGUGACUAACUUUGUCUGUCUGCUUUUUUUUUUUU